CUCAUUCACCCCUAGAAAUGUCAAACACCAGCAUUCCGGUUACUCCACGGAGACCCAAAUGGCUUCUUUCCUCACUAUAAAUACCCUUCAGAUGCAGCGAACCGUUUUCUAUAAUUUUAUGUAACCACAAAAAGGAAGAAAAGCUUCCAGCAAACUAAACAAUUCAAGGGAUUGAUUGCCCAAGAAAAAACCCAAGAUUCUUACGACAUUAACCGCACAAAACCUCCAACAUAGCAACUAUAAAGCACCAGCAUCAGCAGCAGCUUUACCUUUGCCUUUUAACCAUGGCGGAUGAGUUCAACACAACCACAAACUGGUGGGAUUCUUCUAGGAACAGGUUUGAUAGCGGCUCUUCUUCUUCAUCUUCAGGGCUUAAUAGCUUGGGCAGCUUUGCUUGGCCAUCGGAAAUGGUGGAUGUCAAAGGAAGGUCUUCUAUUGAGUCUGCCUCCGUCUCAGAUAGUUCUGUAGUUUUUCAUGAUACCCAGAAGCUGCAACAAGGCCAAGAUUCUGGUGCUGACUUGCAUAUGAUGGGUUUAGGCCUCUCUUCCCAGGCCAUGGAUUGGAACCAAGCUUUACUUCGCAGUGAUAAGACUGACAGCAGCCUCCGUUCGAUGCUGCAAGAGAACUUGAAUUCGAGCACAAGUUAUCAGCAAGAAACUGGGAUUGGAUCAUCUCAAGUUCAGUGGAGAGAGAGAAUGUUUAGUGGGGAAUCUUCCAUGAAUGAGUUUAAGCAAAUGAACCGAGGUUUUUCUUUGGAUCAACCGCAGUUUAGUCCUCAUGGGAGCUCUUGUGAUAGUACUGUGACAUGUCAAGGCUUGCAGUUUCAAAUGGAUUCAACUGCUAUCUAUGGAAGCCCUUCAACGAUGUUGCAAGGUCUUCUGGGAUCUGAUAAUCAACCUACACAACAGUCUUCUUUCGAGAACCGAUCGAUGAGCUAUACUUAUGGGGCAAAUUAUGGGAUUACUAGUAAUGAAUUGGUGCCUUCAUGGGCUAAUAAGGUGCCUCAGUUCUUGAGAAAUUCACCUCCUAAACAGCCUCCCCACCAAUUGCACUUCUCCAAUAACGCCCCCUUCUGGAAUGCAUCUGCAAGUUCCAUGACUGAUGUUCGUCCAAACUUUUUCCCAUCGUUACAACCACAAUUUCCAACUUCAAAUUUCGAAGAAAAACCAAAGCAGAAUAUAUCUGAAGUACGGGAUUCGAGUACAGUAGUAAAGAAAAGUGGGAGUGAGGGAGCAACAAAAAGGCCUCGAAAUGAAACGCCAUCGCCCAUGCCAGCCUUUAAGGUGAGGAAAGAGAAGAUGGGGGACAGAAUCACUGCGCUCCAACAAUUGGUUUCGCCUUUCGGAAAGACUGAUACAGCCUCAGUGCUCUCUGAAGCUAUUGAAUACAUCAAAUUCCUCCAUGAGCAAGUCACUGUACUUAGCAACCCAUACAUGAAAAGUACUGGAGCUCCCAUGCACCACCAGCAGAAUUCUGACAAGUCUAGCAAGGAUCCAGAAGGACAAAAACAAGAUCUUAGGAGCCGAGGGCUGUGUCUGGUACCGGUUUCGAGCACAUUUCCGGUAACUCAUGAGACAACAGUUGAUUUUUGGACCCCUACAUUCGGAGGAACAUUCAGAUAGAAGGAAAGGGAAAUGGGUGAAAUUGGGGAACAGAUUCUACACAAGUAGCAGCAGCAGGUGUACCUGAUCUUAUCGAAAACCCUAGCCAAGUUGGGAAUGAUAAGAUCAUCAUCAAUGAUAAAAGAAGAGAAAAACACACUCACACACACACAGAGAUAUAUAACUUUCAAAGUCCAGAAUUGGAGGAAAAAUAGAGAGAGAAAUUGUGAAAGAGAAAGAAAACGAUAUGAACCUUCAGAGAUACAUGCCCAGUGUUUGGCCAGCCACAGGCAAAAUGAUGCAGGUUGGCCAAUAUAGGGACCAUUUGGAAACAUAUAUUAAUUGUUGUAAUAAUUGAAAAAUUAUAUGAUUAGGAAUGAGAAUAUAUAUAUAUAUAUAGGUGCUGAUUGAUUUUAGGGAAUUAAAGCAUGUUGAUGUAGAUUAGUUUAAUUAAUUUAAUAGAUUAACUUUUAAUUUGGGUGUUUUUUAUAGUUA